AUGGAGCCACAAGGGGAACAGUCCGAGGAAAUAGCUGAAUUAAAGCGACAAAUAGAAUGGCUGCAAGAUUGCCUUUAUCAGAUGAAUGAACAGAGGUCGGCCACACCAGCACCGUCUAUCCCUCGGGAGAUGGGUAAUAACAUGGAACCCUUUUUGACGCUUAUAGAACGACGGUUCAGGAAGAUGGGUCUUCCACCAGAGCUCUGGGGUGACGAACUUGGGAAAUAUAUCGAUGAGGACGCUCUACGGUGUUGGACGGAGCUGCAACGAUCCGGUACGGACAUGACUGAUUGGUCACUCGUUAAACAGGAACUAAUAAAAGAUUUCUGCACGGUAAAUCGAGCAACACUCAUUUACCAAAUGGCAGCUAACAAAUGGACUGGAAACUGCAGCGCCUAUUCGGCUAACUUCAGUCGAAUCACAGCUCGCGGAAUCCAGCUACCGGCAGAAGACCUAGUUGGUUACUUCUUAACGAAUAUCCCAGCGGAACUCAGAUGGGCCGUAACACAGCAAGGUACGAUACAAUUCAGUAAUUGGCGAGCUGCAUCCAACGCAUUAGCCGCUAUCGCCGCCCCGUGGGGAGCCGCACAGGACGAAUUCCGUAGGCGUGAACGGGAAUUCCAACUUAGUCUGGCAGGGAGAGCAGCGGAGUUUCCACGUGGGCCAGCGUCUACUGGGAUUAGACGGUACACCCAGGCAUCGGGUGACCGAACAGAAAUGAUAUGUUUCCAGUGUAAAGGCAAGGGGCACACGGCUAAGAAUUGUCCAACCGGCGAUCCGAAGUUGCGCAAACCUGGCGAAACGUGUCGGAACUGCGGAGGCAUGAGUCACUACGCACGCGAGUGUCGAACAUCUGGUCAGAAGCCGAUCCAUAAGGAACAAGGGGCGCCAGUGGACGAUGAAGGACCGCCUGCUUGUCGGAAGCUGUCCGCAGAGCGACGGACAGCUGCACAGGCUCCCUCAGGCAGCAGGGAGGUGGCACUUGAUACCGAGAACAGCCGAGAAGUGAAUGACGGAGCAUCUCUUGAGGACAGUCAGUCCGUCACAAACGUUGAGUUGCCACCGUGA